AAAAUCAGAGCAUGAAAACUUCAAGAAUCCAUGGCGAUGAAGUGUGUGAUUGUUUCUGCAGUUCGAGGUUUUGCUUCAUCAGGGAGCUCAGCAUCUUCAACAACUUUCACCAAGCACCUCCAUGCAUCUGUUGGCUAUAAUCGCUCCACCAACAUCCCCUUUGACUCCGCCCUCAUCCACGAGUCCACCACCGAGUCAACCACCAAGACCAUCUGCAACGUGACGCGGAACCUGUACAAGGUCUUCUGCAAGGACCCAACCCUUCCCAACGAUCUGCGUGAGGAGAACCCUUUCAAGCUCUCCAGGCUGCCCUGGAACAGCUCUGUCAUGCGCGUCAGGAAGCAAAGAUAUGGCAUGGCGAUCUGGAUCGUCCUUGUCAAGGUCUCUGAUCUUAACCGCAAGAGCUUCAACAUUCCGGUCAUCUCCGUCGAUCUCAUCCCUCCCUCACACUCCGCUUCGAUUAAUCUCCUCGGCAGCAUACCAUCGCACAUUACCCUAGCUUGGGCUCAUCUCACAAGCCAUAUCUCCGUCGAAGCGUGCCAUUACUGCGAGCUGUCUCUAGCGACAGGAUCUGUUUUGAGUUGUAUCUGA